CUGCUCUCUGACCUGGGAUUGCGGGGGAUUGUCGUCUCGUCGACGUUGUUCAUGGUAGGAGAGUACUUAUUGGCAAGGUUCCUUUUACUUAAGGUUGUCGUUGCCCAGGUGUGUUUCUUGUUUCCCAGCCACCAUCACCUAGGUACCAUACUACCCACAGCCUGAUAUCAAGCUUGCUUUUCUGCAAGUUCUGAAUGCAUACCUUUCCUCUUUCUCAUAUCUUCGAGAGUCGAUAGCCAUAAUGGUAUUCAUCAAAGCACUUACUAUCGUGGCAGCUUGUCUGUCGUUGGCGGAUGCCACACCUUUAAACAAGAAACGACAACUCGCCUUUGAUUACAACGACGACAAGGUCCGAGGUGUUAAUCUGGGAGGUUGGUUCGUUUUGGAACCAUGGAUUACUCCAUCGAUAUUCGACCAGUGGGCAAACGGAGGAGGAGUGGUCGAUGAAUACACCUACACGCAAGCCUUGGGACCGACUGAAGCUUUCAAUCGGCUGAAUCAACACUGGGCAACAUGGAUCACGCAAGAUGAUUUCAACGAGAUAGCUUCUUAUGGGUUGAACCAUGUGCGAAUUCCAAUUGGAUAUUGGGCUGUCAAUCCUCAACCUGGAGACCCAUACGUUCAGGGACAAUUGACAUAUCUCGACCAAGCAAUUGGAUGGGCGCGAAGUGCUGGACUCAAAGUCAUGAUUGAUCUGCACGGAGCCCCCGGAUCCCAAAACGGCUUCGACAACAGCGGUCGCUACGGCGCCAUCGACUGGCAAAGCGGCGACAACGUUGCCCAAACCCUCACGGCAAUCCAAGACCUCGCCAAUCGCUACGCCUCGCAAACCGACGUCGUAACGGCCAUCGAACUGCUCAACGAGCCAGGCAACUGGGCCCUCGACAUGUCUCAAGUCAAGCAAUUCUACUACAACGGCUGGGGCAACGUCCGCUCCGACAACGCAUACACCGCCGUCGUGAUCCACGACGCCUUCCUCGACAUCGAGAGCUACUGGAACGGGUUCAUGAAUAGUGCUAGUGGUGUCAACGACGUUAUUCUGGACACGCAUAUCUAUCAGAUCUUCUCGGACGGCGAGGUGGCUAUGAAGCCUUGCGAGCACGUGCAGACUGCGUGUGCGGCGGGCCCGAACCUUGCGGGAACCGAUAAGUGGACUAUUGUGGGCGAGUGGACUGGUGCUCAAACCGAUUGCGCGAAGUGGCUUAAUGGUCUGGGGAAGGGUGCUCGUUAUGAUGGUACUCUUUCUGGUAGCACCGGCUAUUACGGUGAUUGCCAGUCUAAGUACGAGGGUACGGUUGAUGGAAUGUUGGACGUGGAUAAGGUUAACCUCGCGUAUUAUGUUGAGGCGCAGUUGGAUGCUUAUGAGCAGCACUCUGGGUGGAUUUUCUGGGCUUGGAAAACUGAGUCCGCCCCAGAAUGGCAUUUCCAAAACCUAACCCGCGCCGGCCUGAUCCCGCAACCGAUCACGAGCCGCAAAUACGCCAACCAAUGCCAAACAAGCUCGUGCUUGAUCCCUGGCAACUAAGAAAACCACCAUCCCUCUAAAAUUCGCAAAAAAAGAAGAAAAAAAGGAAGAAAGUUGAAUUGAGAAUAGAUACCCUUCUUGUUGUACAUAUAUUUACGACGUUAUGACUGCAUGGCAUAGGAUGGGAGAGAGGUUUGAAAGAAAGAGUGAUACCCCUUCAUUCGCUUAGGGAGUUUUGGGGGGAUAUUUUACCGGUAGAUUUAGUUGAAGGUACGGUAGCAUAGGG